AUGAUCUAUGGACGCAGUUUGUUUCACAUUGUAGCAAGUUUAAUCAUCUUCCAUUUGUCUGGGGCGACCAAGAAAGGAACAGAGAAGCAAACCACCUCAGAAACUCAGAAGUCAGUGCAGUGUGGGACUUGGACAAAACAUGCAGAGGGAGGUAUUUUUACCUCUCCCAACUACCCCAGCAAGUACCCCCCUGACCGAGAGUGCAUCUACAUCAUAGAAGCUGCCCCAAGACAGUGCAUUGAACUUUACUUUGAUGAAAAGUACUCUAUUGAGCCGUCUUGGGAGUGCAAAUUUGAUCAUAUUGAAGUUCGAGAUGGACCUUUCGGAUUUUCUCCAAUAAUUGGACGUUUUUGUGGACAACAAAACCCACCUGUAAUAAAAUCCAGUGGAAGAUUUCUAUGGAUUAAAUUUUUCGCUGAUGGAGAGCUGGAAUCUAUGGGAUUUUCAGCUCGAUACAAUUUCACACCUGAUCCUGACUUUAAGGACCUUGGCGUUUUGAAACCAUUACCAGCAUGUGAGUUUGAGAUGGGCGGCCCAGAAGGAAUUGUGGAGUCUGUACAGAUUAUGAAGGAAGGCAAAGCUUCUGCCAGCGAGGCCGUGGAUUGCAAGUGGUACAUCCGGGCACCUCCACGAUCCAAGAUCUACCUACGUUUCUUGGACUACGAGAUGCAGAAUUCCAAUGAAUGCAAAAGGAACUUUGUGGCCGUGUAUGAUGGGAGCAGUUCCGUGGGGGACCUCAAGGCUAAGUUCUGCAGCACCGUGGCCAAUGACGUCAUGCUCCGCACAGGUCUUGGGGUCAUCCGCAUGUGGGCCGAUGAGGGCAGUCGAAACAGCAGAUUUCAGAUGCUGUUCACAUCCUUCCAAGAACCUCCCUGUGAAGGCAAUACAUUCUUCUGCCAUAGCAACAUGUGUAUUAACAAUACACUGGUCUGCAAUGGACUCCAGAACUGUGUGUAUCCUUGGGACGAAAAUCAUUGUAAAGAGAAGAGGAAAGCCAGCCUGCUGGACCAGCUCACCAACACCAGUGGGACUGUCAUUGGAGUGACUUCCUGCAUUGUGAUCAUCCUUAUUAUCAUUUCUGUCAUUGUGCAGAUCAAACAGCCUCGUAAAAAAUAUGUCCAAAGGAAAUCGGACUUUGACCAGACAGUUUUCCAGGAGGUGUUUGAACCUCCCCAUUAUGAGUUAUGCACUCUCAGAGGGACAGGAGCUACAGCUGACUUUGCAGAUGUGGCAGAGGACUUUGAAAACUACCACAAACUGCGGAGAUCCUCUUCCAAGUGCGUUCACGACCACCACUGUGGGUCCCACGUGUCCAGUACGAAGGGCAGCCGCAGUAACCUCAGCACAAGAGAUGCUUCUGUCUUGACGGAGAUGCCCCCACAGCCCAUCAAACCCCUCAUCCCGCCCAUGAACAGAAGAAAUAUCCUCGUCAUGAAACACAGCUACUCGCAGGAUGCCGCAGAUGCCUGUGACAUCGACGAGAUCGAGGAGGUGCCCACGACGAGUCACAGGCUGUCCCGACACGACAAAGCCGUGCAGCGGUUCUGCCUCAUUGGGUCUCUAAGCAAACAUGAAUCUGAAUACAACACAACUAGGGUCUAA